UUUUAUUUGAAAUGUCUUGAUGACGUGAAAAUGUUUUCGUGAUGUUGCUGAAUUACGGUAGCCGCAUAGUUGUCCUGCAGGAGCGGCUAACCUUGGUCCCUUUCCUCCCGUGGAUCAGUGCCGGCCCCCGAGCGUGGAGGAGGACGGGCACCAGUGCUUGUGAGAGAGCUCGGCAGCACGAGGUGGGAGAGCGGAUCCACGGGUUCACCGUAAGCCAGGUAACGGCCAUCCCUGAACUAUCCCUGACCGCAGUGAAGCUCAGCCAUGACAGCACAGGAGCAGAAUACUUGCACUUGGCCAGAGAAGACACCAACAACUUGUUCAGCGUGCAGUUCCGCACCACGCCCAUGGACAGCACCGGCGUCCCGCACGUGCUGGAGCACACCGUCUUGUGCGGCUCUCGCAAAUACCCGUGCAGAGAUCCCUUCUUCAAGAUGCUCAAUCGCUCGCUGUCCACGUUCAUGAACGCUUUCACAGCUAGCGACUAUACUCUGUACCCAUUUUCCACACAAAAUCCCAAGGACUUCCAGAAUCUCCUAUCUGUGUAUUUGGAUGCAGCCUUUUUCCCAUGCUUGCGGGAACUAGAUUUCUGGCAGGAAGGAUGGCGACUAGAACAUGAGAAUCCGAAGGACCCCCAGACACCCUUGACCUUUAAAGGAGUCGUCUUUAAUGAAAUGAAGGGAGCAUUUACAGACAAUGAGAAGAUAUUCUCGCAGCACCUUCAGAACCGACUCCUGCCUGACCACACGUACUCGGUGAUCUCCGGGGGCCAUCCGUUGUGCAUCCCAGACCUCACGUGGGAGCAGCUUAAACAGUUCCAUGCUACCCAUUACCACCCCAGUAAUGCUAGGUUCUUCACUUAUGGCAAUUUUCCAUUAGGACAGCAUCUGAAACAAAUUCACGAAGAAGCCCUGAGUAAAUUUGAGAAAAUUGAGCCAAACACUGCAGUGCCGGCUCAGAAGCCUUGGGAUAAGCCAAGAGAAUUCCAUAUAACAUGUGGCCCGGACUCACUGGCUGCAGGUUCCUCUAAACAAACAACCGUCGGGGUCAGCUUCCUCUUACCAGACAUCACUGAUACGUUUGAAGCCUUCACGUUAAACCUUCUGUCUUCACUCUUGAUCAGUGGGCCCAACUCCCCCUUCUACAAAGCCUUAAUUGAAUCUGGACUUGGCACAGAUUUUUCUCCUGAUGUUGGAUACAACGGCUACACACGGGAGGCCUACUUCAGCGUGGGCCUGCAGGGGAUCGCGGAGCAGGACACCCAUGCCGUUCGGGACAUCAUUGACAGGACAAUCGAGGAAGUCAUCGAGAAGGGAUUUGAAGAGGACCGAAUUGAGGCUCUCCUUCAUAAAAUUGAAAUACAAAUGAAGCAUCAGUCUGUCAGCUUUGGACUCACCCUGACAUCCUACAUCGCCUCCUGCUGGAAUCAUGAUGGGGACCCUGUGGAGCUCCUGAAGCUGGGGAGUCAGGUGGCUCGAUUCAGACAGUGCCUCAAGGAAAAUCCACAGUUUUUGCAAGAAAAAGUAAAACAGUAUUUUAAAAAUAAUCCGCACAAGCUGACUUUGUCAAUGACACCCGAUGACAAGUAUCCCGAGAAGCAAGCAUGGAUGGAGACAGAAAAACUAAAGCAAAAAGUCGACUCUCUUUCCCCGAAAGACAAGCAGCAGAUCUAUGAAAAAGGCUUAGAGUUACAGACUCAGCAGAGCCGACCUCAGGACGCCUCCUGUCUGCCGGCCCUGAAGGUGUCGGACAUCGAGCCCAGCGUGCCGCUCACGGAGUUGGAGGUGGCCCUAGCAGCCGGCAAGACCCCCGUGCAGUACUGUGCUCAGCCCACCAACGGCGUGGUGUACUUCAGAGCGUUCGCCAGCCUCCACACCCUCCCCGAGGAGCUCAGGCCCUACGUCCCACUCUUCUGCAGCGUCCUCACCAAGCUGGGCUGUGGCCUUCUGGACUACAGGAGGCAGGCACAGCAGAUAGAGCUGAAGACGGGCGGGAUGGCCGCCUCACCCCACGUGCUGCCCGACGCCGCGCAUCUGGACACUUACGAGCAGGGUGUGCUUUUUUCAUCUUUCUGCCUCGAUAGGAACCUACCAGACAUGAUGCAUCUGUGGAGUGAAAUAUUCAACAGCCCGUGCUUUGAAGAAGAAGAACACUUCAGAGUGUUGGUUAAGAUGUCCGCUCAAGAGCUGUCCAACGGGAUCCCAGACUCUGGGCAUCUCUACGCGUCCGUCAGGGCGACCAGGACCCUGACGCCCACAGGAGACCUGCAGGAGACCUUCAGUGGGAUGGAUCAGGUGAGGCUGAUGAAGAGGAUCGCCGAAAUGACAGACAUCAGACCGGUGCUGAGAAAGCUCCCGCGCAUCCAGGAACACGUACUACACUGUGACAACAUGAGGUGCUCCAUGAAUGCUACGCCUCAGCAGAUGUCUCUGGCAGAAAAAGCAGUAGAAAAGUUCGUUAGAAAUGUCGGUCAGAGUAAAACGGAACGGAAGCCGGUGCGCCUGAACGUGGUUGAGAAACCUGCACCCAGUGGAUCCAAUGGAAGCACCCAUGUUAGCGGCCCCCAAGUCAUAAGGAAGCUGAUAACGGACCCCACCUUCAAACCGUGCCAGAUGAAGACACACUUCCUGCUUCCGUUCCCAGUGAACUACAUGGGCGAAUGCAUCAGGACUGCCCCCUACGCAGACCCAGACCACGCCAGUCUUAAGAUCCUCGCACGCUUGAUGACUGCCAAAUUCUUGCAUACAGAAAUUCGAGAAAAGGGUGGUGCUUACAGUGGAGGCGCCAGACUCAGCCGUGACGGGGUGUUUACACUUUACUCAUACCGGGAUCCACGUUCCACAGAGACGCUGCAGUCUUUCUCGAAGGCUGUGGACUGGGCUAAGGCUGGGAGGUUCACACAGCAGGACAUUGACGAAGCAAAGCUUUCUGUUUUCUCCGUCGUGGACGCCCCCGUGGCUCCUUCAGACAGAGGGCUGGACCACUUCCUGUGUGGCCUCUCGGAUGAGAUGAAGCAGGUGCACCGGGAGCAGCUAUUCGCCGUCAGCCACGAGGAUCUCAUCGACGUGAGCAACAAGUACCUUGGCACUGGGAAGAGCGCACACGGGUUGGCUCUGCUUGGACCAGAGAAUGCAAAAAUCGCCAAGGACCCGUCAUGGAUAAUAAAAUAGCGAGUAAUUCUGAUGUGCUCAGGAGUUCAACCGAACCUACGGGCAUGUGGGGCUCCUCAACAUGAAGCCUGAGCUAAUUUAGUUUGAAGGAGAGAAGUUACUGUUUCCCCCGACAUUUUGCUCAUACCUCAUUCUUGUGUGGCUAGUCAGACCAAGCUCUUCUGUCUUAGAAUAAAUUGAAAUAAUCAUGUGUUAAAUGCUAGAGUUGCACAGAUGAUAAUUUUAAAAUAUUGAUGAUAUAAACGCUUAUUUUACCUUACUGAUUCUGGAGCAUUUAUUUUAAAAACUUAAAAAUAAAAGACGCUCUGC